UAAAAUACAGGGACAAAAUAGCCCAAAAAACAUAUUUUGUCCUGAUUAACCACCAAACAAAAACAUGAAGUUGUCCAACAGCUUAAUGAAAGCCAGGUAUAAAAUAAAUUAAAUAAAGUUUUCCGUAAUCUUCGAUGAAAUGAAACUUCCACAGGCAGCACGUGACGUAGCAUCGAUGUACGCAUGCGUAUUACCGCUAGGUCGGACGGAUUUGCGGGUAGCACAGAUAAACAGAAGACCUGUUCGCAGCGCCGCCCGUCCCACCGGCUGUGAAAUGAUGCGGAGCCGAUGACGCAUCCAGCGGAAGUAACCGAAGAAGUGGUCGCGUUCGCUUCCGGUUAGCCUAGUUAGCUUGUGGUGUGUCUCAGAGCGUGUCCAGGUGUGUUGUGAGUCUGCGCAGCAACAAUGUGUUCCGUUGAGCCUCUGAGAGAGUUUAUCAGAGAGAGACUAACUGCUGCUGCUGAAGAAAUCUUCACCCAGCUGGAAAAAACCAUCGUCCAGUACGAGGAGGAGAUCGACCGGCAGCGGAGGCUGCUGGACCUCAGCUGGAGACCCCGAACCGAGCAGAACCCCGCAGGCCUCCAGCGGCAGGAACCGGUCCAUCAGAACCUCUGGCAGCAGAAUCAUUGCGACACUGAAGAUGUUCCCUCUGACCCGGAGUCCAGUCAGCAGAAGGUUGGCUCUGGUGUGAACCCAAAGGAACCAGAACCGAUUGAAGAGAAACUCCACGACGUCCUCGGCUGGGGAGCGGAGCCGCUCGUUAAGCAGGAGCCUGAUCCCUGCAUGGUGACUGUCGGGUACGACGACUCGUUCCCCACUAAAGCAGAACCAAACACAACCCAGAUCUUUUCUCAGAACUCGCCUCAAGCAGAGAUCCGGAGUCAGGAGCCAAGCCACCAUAAAGACUCAGGAUCCUGCACAGAUGAAGCUCCUAAAGCUCCAACUUCAGAUGAUCCAGACCUGAGGACGGCUGAGAACGAACCCCUCACCCAGGAGAACCUGAAUUCAUGUCAGUUCUGUGGGAAAAACUUCACCACUUGCAAGGACCUGAAGGUCCACUGGAGGAUCCACACGGAAAAGAAGCGUCAUACUUGUGGAGUGUGUGGGAAAACUUUGAGCGACCGCAGCAGUUUGAGGAAACACCUCCGGAUCCACACAGGAGAGAAGCCAUAUCCUUGUGAAGUGUGCGGGAAAAGAUUCAGGAACAGCUGCGGCUUGACAAAGCACCUCCGGAUCCACACAGGAGAGAAGCCAUUCACAUGUCAGACCUGUGGGAUGUGUUUCAACCAGAGCAGCAUUUUAUACAGACACAUGAAGAGGAAGAACCACUGAGAAGACCCCAGAGAUCUGAGGAAGACGAGUCCUGGGUCUGCAGCUGGUCCUCCAACAACAAACCAGAUGGUCGACUUUUAUGACUCUGUCCCAAAAAAUGUUCGGCUCUGGACUGUGUCUCAUUUUCCUUAGCAGCUAGAUCACAUGACAGUAGUUAAAAAGAUCAGCUUUUACGUUGGGCUGUUUAAAUUCUCAGACUUGGUUAGAAUCGUCUUUCCUGUUUCUUCUGAAUUCAUUCCUUUAUGAGCCACUGAGUUUGACUUAUUCCACACAUACUGGAGUUGAUGCCCCAAUUCAACUGAAUUGUCCAUUUUCAUUAAUAAUAAUUUAUUAAUUAUAUUUAAUAAUUACAUAAGCCAAACAUGGAUUCCCAACAACUGGAGGGAUUCUUCAGACUCCACUGGAAAACAUCCAGCUGUUAAUGUCUGAGCUAGCAUUAGCUUAGCAUGGCUCUACUGUUUGCUGGAAAGCCAAUUAGGAGAUGCUAACCUGAUGCUAACUGUGUGAAAUCAGGUCUAUAUUUAAUCUUCAGAGGAUCCAGUCUGACCCGUAGCGUCACUUCUGCUGACCCGUCUGCUGACCCGUCUGCUGACCCGUCUGUUGUCAGACGGAUUGAUGUGGGUUUGUGUCAUUAAUGAUCAUUUUUCUUUCAUGAUGAGAACUGGAUGAAAGUGUUACUGGAUCUGGCGCCAUCUUGUAAAACACAGUCGUUCUAUAUUUGGUACUUAAACAUCUGAAAUAUCUAGACUGUCAUGAUGGCGGCGCUGCGGAUCCCUUCAGGAGCUGACGUCACGGUUGCCUAGAGACAGACAACAAACAUGGCGCUGCUCUCAAUGUCUGCAGCUUUUUAAAACGUCGUUUCGUUCUCAGAACCGAAACUUCUUCCAGACGCCAGCAGGAAGAUGUUGGUCCCUGACUGAACAGGAAUGAAGCUAAAUCUGAAAAUGUGUGUGAGAGUUUGAAACGGACAGCAGCGCUGCACACACACACACACACACACACACACAGACACACA